AUUAUUAAAAAUUCAAAUUCACGAAUUUCAUAGGAUUGUUGCGAAAUAGCAGAGAAAACAAGACAUAAAAGACUAAUAAAAUAAUAUUAAAAUCUCAUCACGAAGAUCACCAUAAAAGCCCCGACGGAAACGCUCUCUGUGUGCAUGCAAAAAUUUUCUCUGGAAACGGAAAAAAAAAAAAAAAAAAUCGUACCCGUAUUAAGAGUAAUCUUUAGCUGAACAACAAAGAUGGGGAAGGACAAGCACCACGAUGACAAAGGACUAUUAUCACAUCUUGCUGGAUAUGCUGCUGGAUACCAUCCCCCAUAUGGAUCAUAUCCGCCGCAAGCAUAUCCAUCUCCCGGGUAUCCUCCCCAAGGCUACCAACCAGCCGGAUAUCCUCCUCCCGGCGGCUAUCCACAGGCCGGAUACCCACCGGCUGGAUACCCUCCCCCGCCCUAUGCUGCGUACCCACCAGCAUAUCCUCCCCCUGGUGGUUACCCACCAGCGGGUUAUCCUGGUCCAUCGGCUCCAUAUCAUGCAGGGCAUGGACCUGGUAUGGGAUCGAUGCUAGCUGGGGGUCUCACUGGUGCGGCAGUUGCUUAUGGUGCCCACCAUCUUGGACACGGACAUGGAUACGGACAUGGAUACGGACACGGACACGGUUACUAUGGCCAUCAUCAUGGAAAGUUCAAGCACGGUAAGUUCGGGAAGCGUUGGAAGCACGGCAUGUUUGGGAAGCAUGGAGGCAAGUUCAUGAAGUUCAAGAGAUGGAAGUGAUAACCCACUGCCAAAGCACAACCAAGGCCAAGGCUAAGUUAGAAAGGCCUAGAUAUAACCAUUGCUUUUUAAGGAGCAGCUUUUUUUCUUUUCUUUUCUUUUCUUUUCCUUUUAUUUUUUCCCAUACUUCUUGUUUCCUUUAUCUGGUGACUGGUUGGUUUUUGGACUCCCAAAGCAAUGGUGUGAUUGUGUGGUUUUAUACUUUUAUCGCUAUAUGUACAAUUAAAUGUGCACGUGUAUAUUGGUUCGUAUGAUUUGCAUUUGGAAUGUGGAGAACAAUUCAGAAUGGUUUUGGGCCUUAUUGUGGAAAUUGAGAUUCUGAGCCCAA